AUGGUUGUANAACCUCCAAGAACAUUUGUCAGUUUGGAGGGGAAUACUGAUAUAUGUCUGAUAGGAUCAUGCAAGAAGAAGAAGAAUAUUGUUACAUUAGUUGCAACUAUUGUAGCAUCAAUUGUGUUCUCUAUCAUAAUAGUGGGCAUAAUUAUGAUUUGGAGAUCACUUAGAAGAAAUGAAGGAGGGAUAUCUUCAACUUCAAGAAAAGAUCAACUAAAAUUAAAAAAUCAAACAUUUUCUUACUCGGAGAUUCAUAAUAUUACCAACGGUUUCGAAACAAUGAUUGGAAAAGGUGGAUUUGGUGAAGUUUACUUAGGCACUUUGCAAAGUGGUGAACGAGUUGCUGUAAAGAAACUCUCUCUGUCAUCAAAGCAAGGUUACAAGGAGUUUAAGUCAGAGGCAAAGUUUCUAACGCUUGUUCAUCAUAGAAAUGUGGUUUCUUUUGUGGCGUAUUGUGAUGAAGGUGAUGCUAAAGCACUUAUUUACGAAUAUCUAUCAAAAGGAAACCUCCAAGAACAUUUGUCAGAGAAAAGCUCAAGUGUCUUGGGAUGGAAAGAGAGAGUUCAAAUUGCCUUAGAUGCAGCAAGUGGAUUGGAUUAUCUGCAUAAUGGAUGUAAGCCACCUAUAAUUCAUAGAGAUCUGAAAGGUUCCAACAUCCUACUAGAUGAAAAUAUGCAUGCCAAGAUUUCAGACUUUGGAUUGUCUAGAAAUUUUGCAAAUGACAAUGACACUCAUGUCUUAACUAAUUACCCAGGUGGCACACCAGGUUACCUUGAUCCUGAAUUUCACUCCUCGGGUACUCUUAAUAAAAGAAGUGAUGUUUACAGUUUCGGGGUAGUUUUGUUAGAGCUAAUUACAGGUCAAGCAGCAAUAAGAGGAACUCCUGAGAAACCAAGUCACAUACAUACUUGGGUUAAAGAAAAACUUGAAGGUGGAGAUAUUAAAGCAAUAGUUGAUCCAAGAUUAGAAGGAAAUUACCAUGUUGCUUCAGCUUGGAAAUUUUUGGAAAUAGCCAUGUCUUGCCUUCCUGAUAUUGCCAUCCAAAGGCCUGACAUAAGCCAUGUAACCUCAGAACUGAAGGAUUGUUUGCAUUUGGAAGCAUCCCUUCAAAGGACUGUGAGCAACAACAGGGAUUCAUUCCUCAUGGAUUCUGUGCUGAUUGAUUUCAGUGAAUCUGAUAUAUGUCCAAAUCCUAGGUAG